CCAGUUUACUGAUGUUUAUUUCGGAAUACAUCCCAAAUGUCACUGUCUUAUAUGUCAGCUGAUUUUGACACUUAUCAAUGUCAACAUACUGUCAUUGUCAAUUGUCAUGUUUAUUUUCAUUGGCGUCGUUAUUGUUUAAAUGUUUUUGUUAUGAUUAAUCCUAACUAAAAACACUAAUUAUUCGUUACCUUAUUAAAUAAACAUUCCAUGUUUACUGUUGACAUUGUUUGCGUAAGCCUAUUACUGAAAUAUCUUAAAAUAUGAACAAUGAAAAUCGUGUGGUUGUACUUAUCGACAUGGACUGUUUCUAUUGCCAAGUUGAAGAAAAAUUGAAUCCUGAAUUAAAGAUGAAACCUAUAGCAGUCGUGCAAUACAACCCUUGGAAGGGUGGAGGGAUUAUAGCAGUAAAUUAUGUAGCAAGAGCAAUGGGAGUUACACGACACAUGAGAGGAGAUGAAGCAAAAGAGAAAUGUCCUGAAAUCAUAUUACCUUCUGUGCCUUGUCUAAGAGGAAAAGCAGACAUUACUAAAUAUAGAGAUGCUGGUAAAGAAGUUGCCAAAGUCCUACAGAAAUUCACGCCUCUCUUAGAAAGAGCUUCUAUUGAUGAAGCAUAUUUAGAUAUAACGGAUACAGUGCAAGAAAGACUGAAGUCCCUGAAUAUAAACACUGUCGAUGUAAACAUGGUACCCAAUACAUUUGCUCUUGGUUAUGAGAAUAUUAAUGAAUUCAUUAUGGAUGUUCACAAUUAUGGCUGUGAUUCCAUUGAAUUCGAUUAUGAACAUGCUAAGCAACUACUUGUAGGAGCAGUUAUUGUAAGUGAAAUCAGAGCUGCAGUUUAUGAAGAAACAGGGUACCGGUGUUCAGCUGGCAUUGCACAUAAUAAAAUCUUAGCCAAACUUGUGUGCGGUAUGAACAAACCUGACAAGCAGACGGUGCUGCCUAAACACUCAAUUAAUAUUCUAUACAGCACAUUAUCAAUAAAGAAGGUGAAGCACUUAGGAGGAAAGUUUGGGGACACAGUAUGUGACACACUAAAAAUUACUAAAAUGAGCCAAUUACAAGAUUUUUCCCAAAAAGAACUUCAAGCUAGAUUUGAUGAAAAGAAUGGCACUUGGUUAUAUAACAUAGCUCGAGGAAUUGACUUAGAACCUGUACAGGCAAGAUUUAAUCCCAAAAGCAUUGGAUGUUGUAAACAAUUACGAGGAAAGAGUGCAGUAACAGAUCUAGAUAGUUUAAAAAAAUGGCUCUCUGACCUAGGUCAAGAAAUAGAGGAUAGACUGGAAAAAGAUGCAGUAGAAAAUAAUAGGACACCAAAGCAAAUGGUAGUCAGCUUUUCUACAAGUCUGUCAGAUGGUAGAGAUGUUAGCAGUUCUAGAUCUUAUAAUUUCUCCACUGAUGAUGAAUUAUCUGGUAAUUUAUUUUCAAGUAAAGCUCUAGAGCUGAUAAUGGAAACUACUGAGGGAACAAAACUACAAGGUGAUGAAACGAAUAGGCAACUUAAGGCUCCUAUAAAAUUUUUAGGCAUCAGUGUUGGAAAGUUUGAGGAGAAUACAGAAAGUAAGAAAACUAAAAAGAUCUUAGAUUAUUUUGCUGCUGGAACAUCAAAGGAAAGCACAUUAAAAAUUAAUGACGAUGAGAAAGUGGACGUUAGAGCUCCAGAAAUUGACAAGAAUAAGGAAAGAAAAGGUAAAGAAUACAUAUUACAGAAAUUUUUCCAACAAACUGACAGAAAACGGAAAGAUGAAUCUCAGAAAAUUCACGUUACAGAAACUAAUAACGAAGCUGUUAUUGAAGCUAGCCUAGAAAAACAAGAAUCUUUCUUCACUAGGUUGCUAAAUAAUAGAGACACUAAAAGAUCAUUUGACAAUAAUCCUCAAAUACCUUUGCCUAUAACUGCGCCAGAUAAACAGCAUCCUCCCAAACCAACUUGCGAUAUAAUAAAUAAUGGAGAAAACAGCAAUGAUACAACCUAUUCAAGUUCCACCAUAAAUAAUGAGAUCAACACAAGUAUUGCUCUAUUUGAAGAAGAUCCGACAGAUUUAAAUAGAAUUAGUAAUAUGAGGCAGUUACUUAAUUCCACAAUAAUUAACGAAGACCAAAAUGAAAUUUUGUCUGAAGAGUCAUGUGAAGACAAUAAAUCCAAUAUUGAAAUCUCAAAUCUAAAAAUCAAGGAGUUAGUACAACCUGCCAAUAGUAACUCCAGUGAGAAGUAUAAUAUUUCGUCCAAACAGGAAAUAGGUCAAAAUAAUAUGGAGACAUUUCAGUGUCCAGAAUGCAAAAGAAAUGUGGAUGUAGAUGAUUUAGACAUCCAUGCUGAUUAUCACCUGGCGCUCAAAAUUAGAGAUGAAGAAAGGUUGCAAGCACGCAUAGUCCGAAGUGAGAAGAACACUUCAAAAUCCAUUAGACAAAAUGAAGAAAUACGCAAGAAAAAACUUGCACCAGAAGUCAUACCUAGCAAAAAUGAAGUCUCCAUAGCGAGCUUUCUGGUCAAGAUUGAUAAUUCAGUGCCAACAGAAAUUUGUACAGAAUGUGGCAAAAAAGUAUCAAGGGCCAAAUAUGCAGAACACCUUGACUUCCAUGAAGCACAAAAAUUAAGUAGGGAACUUAACAACAAAUCUAUUCCUGCUUUUUCUUCAUGUAACACUACAGGGAAGAGAAAACGACUGUGUGUUUCGCCAGUAAAGAAACAAAAAGUACCUUGUAAAUCGAUAGAUUCAUUUUUUAGAUGAACUGCAGAAUAAAUGAAAUACAAAAUGUGAUAAUUUCUGAACUCGAUUGUAAUUAUUUUAGAUUAGAUUGAUGAACAGCACGUUGUAAUAAAAUAUUUAAAAAAAAUUAACUUGUACAUGCAAUUUCC